GUUGCAAUGGUUCCGGUCCUGGCACAUGCACGGCAGCCCAUGUUUGCCCUGUCCGAUGCCAAGGCGAUCGACACGUCUGCCUCCCGCAUACUAUCAGCCUCGCAACGUCGCAGGGUGGCCUUCGCGACUCGGGCAUCCGCGGCUCUGGUUAUGGGACCAUGUGAUCACGCCGAGGCGGCGCGCACAGGUGGCCGUUUGGCUGGCCACUGCACGGCCCACCUCUCACGCAAGAGGGGAAACAUCCUGAGCUUCGGCGGCCCGCGCGACCGCCCAGCAUCUGCGGGCUAUCGAGCUUCCGCGUCGGUGUGCCUACACGCUCUUCCCCCCACAUUCUCCGCCUCGGACCCUGCGGCACUUGCAAGGGCCCCGCUCCUUAUCAGCGGCAUCAUUUCGUACCCUGACCUAGCGGCGGGAAUUGACUUGGAGGCCCUACCGCUGUGGGCGUCCUUCCUGUGGCUAAUUGCUGCCAACGUAGCAGGCCUGGCGCUGACUAUCGCCGUGCUCCGCAACCUGCAGGACUCAGGCGAGGCGCUGACGGUGGUCAAGGUACAGGUUGCCAUGCGCGAGCGCAGGCCUCAGCUGCAAUCCAAGCUGCGCGAGCUCAAUUCCAUGAUUCAGGUCGGUCAGCAGGGCGCCUGGCUCAUCCUAGAGGAAGCCAUCCUGCAGCUGAUAGAGCACCAGGGCACCAUCGCCUACGCAUCCGUCGCACAGGAGCAGCUGUCCAGCAAGAAGCGCGCGUACACGGUCUUUGGCGAGUUAGCCGAGGCGGAGGCGGCUAAAGCCAAUCGAGAGGAGGCUGUUGUGCGCCAUAUGGGUGAUACAUCUGACGAGGAUGACACGUCGAGUGCAGCGGCAGGCGGUGGCAUCUUCGGCGGCCUAAUGGGGGGCUUGGGACUGAACCGAGGCAAGCCAGCCAAAGAGCUAACCGUAAUCACGCUUCUGCUAGCCGCUCGCGGCAAGCUCGACAUCCCAACGCAGGUGACCGACUGGCCCAGCCUCCGACACACGCUACAGCAGGUGACCGGCCUUAGCAGCGAUCGCGUCAUGGCCGUGGAGCUCUUGUGGACCCCGCGCAACGAAUCUGACUACCUAACCAAGGACCAGCUUGAGAGGGAUUACCCGGACCUCGCGCCCUUUGGCAGCAAGAACUUGGAGGCCAGCCAUCCGUGA